UGCGCAGUUUGCUGCAACCCAAGGUAAACUGAGAGUACAGAGAUGGCGGAUGUGCUUAGUAUUCUCCGUCAGUACAACACCAACAGUAAGGAGAUCGUCGAGAAAGAUGAUCAGAUCAUAUUCGGCGAAUUUGCUUGGCCGAAAAAUGCCAAGACAAAUUAUGUCAUGUGGGGGACUGGCAAAGACGGUGUGGCAAAGGAGUACUACACUUUAGACUCAAUUCUUUUCCUUCUUCGCAAUGUCCAGUUGCAGCAUCCUCUCUAUGUCCGAGAAGCUGUCGCUGCAGACAUCAGCGUGGUUCGUCGUCCAGACCGGAAAGAUUUGUUGGCUUACCUGAAUGGAGAGACGGCCACAGCGAGCAGCAUCGACAAAAGUGCUCCCCUUGAAAUCUCACAGAGACCCACACAAAUCAAAAGAACUGCUGAAGAUGCUGGGGGUGAAAGUGAGAAAAAGAAGCCAAGAUUGGAGGACCCGCAAGUCCAAAUGGACAAGUUGAACUGGAUCAACAAGAUUGACGGAGGCCGCGAGUCUUCUGUGCUUCCCUUACCGGGAACGUCUUCCCUGCAUGAAGCCAUGCCCAUGGAGAAAAUCGCAGCUUUGAAGGCCAAGAUUUUGGCCUUGAGGCGUACCAAAAUCAAGGGGGACGAUGACCUUCAGGCUGGCACCAUGGAACAGAGGACAUUUGUGGACGCAGAGGUGGACGUGACUCGGGACAUUGUCAGCAGAGAGAGAUUAUGGAGGACAAGGACCACAGUGCUGCAGAGUGUUGGGAAACAAUUUGCUAAGAACAUCUUCAGCAUCCUCCAGUCUAUCAAAGCCCGCGAGGAAGGCUCUCAGCGCUCUCACGGCAGCUCACAGAACCCUAUCACAGCAUCUGUGUCCCAGCCAAGGCAGCCUCAGGUGAUCAGCAGCUACAACAGAUACGAUCAGGAGAGGUACAAGGGAAAAGGAGCCCCCGACACUGAUGGCUUCAAUAUCAACACAAUGGGCACUUUCCACGGUAUGACGCUCAAGUCGCUCACAGAGGGCGCCCAGGCCCGCAAGAUGCCCCAGCCCACGCCACAGCCAGUCCCGCAACCCGCCCCCGUGCAGCAGACGGCCACGCGGCCCAUCUCACAGGCCAGGCCGCCGCCCAACAUGAAGAAAGGUUCACGGACUCCCAUCAUCAUCAUCCCCGCGGCGUCUACGUCGCUGGUCACGAUGCUGAAUGCAAAGGAUGUGUUGCAGGAUCUUAAAUUUGUGAGCACGGAGGACAAGAAGGCGGCGGGGGCCAAGAGAGACAAUGAAGUUCUCAUCCAUCGCCGCAAGGAGGCGGGCCAGACGGUGCCCUACCGCAUCAUAGACAACCCUCUCAAGCUCACGUCAGAUGACUGGGACCGUGUAGUGGCCGUGUUUGUGCAGGGACCCGCCUGGCAGUUCAAGGGCUGGCCUUGGAACGGAAACCCUGUGGAAAUAUUCUCCAAGAUCAAAGCCUUCCAUCUCAAGUGGACAGAGCUGCCCCUGGACGGUAAUGUGAAGAAGUGGUCAGUGCAUGUGAUGAGCCUGGACAGACACAGAAGACAUCUGGACCGUGCGACGCUACAGCAGUUCUGGGAACAUCUGGACAAGUACAUGUUGAAGUUCAAGCCUCACCUUCGGUUUUAAGUCCUUUGUGAGCAUCGGCUGGACUGGACGUUUCUUCGCUCUGGUUUGUUAGCGGGACCUGAGGAUAUACAUGAGCAGCUGAUGUUGGUGUUUGUGUGUGGUUGGGUGUGUGCAUAUGUGAGAGUGUGUGUAUGUAUGUGUGUGCAUGUUUGUGUCUGCAUUUUGUAUGUGAAUUUAUGUAAGGAAUAUAGCCAUGUCUGUGUGUAUAUUUGGUAUUCUUUAUAUGCAAGUCUAUGUGAAUGCAUCUUGAAUGGGAGUCUUGUGUAAGAAUAUCUGUGUGUAUGAGCGUGUAGCACACCACCUGUGCUUACACAACACGCAUCUGUCAAUCCAAUGUUAGUCCUUGAAUAUAAUUUACUUCCAGUAGAUGUGGAUUGGAAAACUAAUUUCGAUUCAUAGCCUGAGUUGAAAAAAAAAGAGCUCUUGAUGGUGAAUUGUGUGAGACAAUGUGCUCUUAAUGAUGAUUUGUAUAUAUUUUUGUUCUCAGUAUUGUUCAAACCAUGUUGUGUUACUGUGAUUUAUGUGUCUGCUGGGAUGUGUUUGUAUCGCACUCAGCCCGGAUCGGCCCUGACAGGCAGGAUCGUAGCAGCCCAUCUCCUAAUUGAUGUAAAUUGUGUCAUUUGGGGCUUUAAACAAUCGCAAUCAUACCAUGUUUCGUUGUGUUUACCUGCAAUGAAAGGUUUUUGUUCACAAUAAAUAAAGUUUUGAUGUAUUUCAGCAUGAUCUUUCACAUUGUUAUUGCCACAAAUUAAACAUUUCUGGGUAAAGAAAUGUAUAGAAACCCCCCCCGCAUUUCAGAAUCUGUGUGACUUAAUGGUGCGUAAAUCUGGGGUGAGAGGGGUGCUAAACUUUACUUUUACCCUUUUCUGGUUCUGUGUUUUCUGGUUGGUUUUGACUCAGACAAAAUGGAAUUGUGUCUGGUGAUCUGUGCAGUCAUCCGUUCAUUAAUUUGUUGAGCAUUACCAACAUGAUGAUGAUAGCUGUCUUUGAUUUUGUUGGAUUCAUGAUCAUCAUCAUCACCAGUAUCACCAUCAUCAGCUUUUGAUUUCUUAAAUUUUUAUGACUUGACGGGAAGUAAAUGAGUUCAAUAAAAAAUAUAUUGAUGACA